AUGAAGUCCUUCUUCACCCUAGCUACCAUCCUGGCUAUUGCCCGUGCCAGCCCGGUCGAUGUGUCGGCCGUGAAGGAAAACGAGGCUCGAGGCCUCCCCCACCACGUCCCUGCCGUCCCUGAGGUCGAUUUGCCAAAGAUCCCCUUCCCUAAGGUGCCUCACGGCGACGUUGGUGCUCGCGGCAUCGAUAUUGACUUCGGCCACAACCACGAUCAUGACCACGACCACGACCACGACCACGACCAUGACCACGAUCAUGACCACGAUCACGACCAUGACCAUGACCACGGUCAUGAUCAUGACCACGAUCGUCGCGAGGCCGGCCUCCCGGACGAUUUUGUUUGGGACGACCUCGAUCUCCACAAGCUCAACGAUCGUGGUACACCCGCCCCCGCUGGUUAUGACCACGGCCACGAUCACCAUGAUUCGGACUCCGACUCCGACUGUGAUGACUCCGAUUCUGACGACGACCAUGACCAUGAUCACGAUCACGAUCAUGACCAUGACCACGACCACGACCACGAUCACUAUCGUCGCUAG